AUGGAUGGUGGCCACUGCGACUUCAACCACAACCUCAACAUUCCCCUCGUCGAAGACCAAACCCAACGAUGGCAACGAAACCAAAACCCUGAAACAGAUUCUACGAAUGUUUACGGCACCACAUCUUUUCUCAAAACUUGUUUCAAUGGACUCAAUACUUUGUCAGAUUCUGUUCAAAUGUCAGAAAAACAUUCAUACAAUCCUUCCUUGAACGUGCCUUUACUUCUCAAUGACGAGGAGAAAGCCAUAGCCUCUCAUCCCACUGCCAAAAAUACUGUAUCCUUCUUUGGCACCUGUCUUAAUGGACUCAAUACAUUAUCAGGUGUUGGGAUACUCUCAGUUCCAUAUGCUCUUGCUUCAGGAGGAUGGUUAAGCUUGGCUUUUCUGUUUGCUAUCGCCGGUGCUGCAUUUUAUACGGGCCUUUUGAUUAAAAGAUGCAUGGAUAAGAAUUCCAACAUUAGAACAUAUCCUGAUAUUGGUGAACUUGCAUUUGGAAAGACAGGAAGAUUAAUAGUAUCAGUGUCCAUGUACACGGAACUUUAUUUAGUUUCAAUAGGAUUUUUGAUUCUUGAAGGUGAUAACAUGAGUAAUAUGUUUCCCAUUAGGGAGAUGCAGAUAGCUGGCUUAGAACUCGGGGGAAAACAAUUCUUUGUGAUAUUGGUUGCCCUUAUCAUUUUGCCUACAUGUUGGUUGGAUAACUUGAAUUUACUUUCUUAUGUAUCUGCAACUGGAGUCUUUGCUUCUAUUCUCAUCAUCCUAUCAAUAUCAUGGACUGUAACAUUCGAUGAGGUAGGACUUCAUCAAAAGGGAACUUUUGUUAAUUGGAGUGGAAUUCCAACAUCUGUUAGCUUGUAUGCCUUUUGUUAUUGUGCACAUCCUGUCUUUCCAACCUUGUACAAUUCCAUGAAAAACAAACAUCAAUUUUCUAAUGUUCUACUUGUAUGUUUCCUCUUAACCACUGUGGGUUAUGCAUCCAUGGCCAUAAUUGGUUAUCGAAUGUUUGGAGAUGGGAUUGAAUCACAAGUAACAUUAAACUUGCCAUUGGACAAAGUCAGCUCAAAAGUAGCAAUAUACACUACCUUGGUCAAUCCUAUAUCCAAGUUUGCUCUGAUGGUAACACCGAUUACAAAUGCUUUAAAAGACUUGCUUCCAAGGACAUACAAGAAUAGACUGACUAGUAUCUUAGUUAGCACGGUCUUGGUAAUGAGCGCUACCAUUAUUGCCCUUCUUGUUCCUUUCUUUGGGUCUCUCAUGUCCCUAGUUGGAGCCUUUCUAAGUGUGACAGCUUCUAUUCUGCUUCCAUGUUUGUGUUACUUUAAGAUUUCGGGCACUUAUAGGAAAUUUGAAUAUGAGACUGCAGCCAUAAUAGUGAUAAUAAUGACAGCUAUAAUAAUGAUAAUAUCUGGAACUUACAUCUCUAUCAUGGAAAUAGUCCAACAUUUGUAA